GCCACAGGACAAAACAGAUAUCAAAAUUAACUCCUUCAAUCACCUGAACGAUCACCGGAGCACAGCCGGAAAUGUCGGAAUUUCUAGACCUAGAAUUCCAGGACGGAGUCCGCAUGCCAUGGAAUGUUCUUCCCGGAACAAAAAGUGACGCGGCAAACUGCGUAAUUCCGAUCUCCGUCAUCUACACUCCCUUAAAACCCCUCCCACCCACCGUCCCGCUCCUCCCCUACUCCCCGCUUCGCUGCCGCAACUGCCGAUCCGUCAUCAACCCUUUCGCGAUUGUAGAUUUCUCCUCCGCCAAUAAGAUCUGGAUCUGCAGCUUCUGCCUCCAGCGUAACUACUUCCCGCCGCAUUUCCAGUCGAUAUCCGACCAAAAUUUGCCGGGGGAGCUCUACCCGCAGUGCACCACAAUUGAGUAUGAGACAUCGGCUACGAAUCAGAAGCCGCAAGUUGGGAGUAGUAACGUUUUCUUGAUUGUGGUGGAUACUUGUGUAAUUGAGGAGGAACUCAGUUUCUUGAAAUCCGCUUUGUUACAGGUGCUGGGAAUGAUACCUGAGAAUUGUUUGAUUGGGUUGAUUACUUUUGGGACAUACAUACAAGUUCAUGAGCUGGGGUUUUCUCAGAUUCCCAAAGUGCAUGUGUUCAAGGGGUCAAAGGAGGUGACUAAAGAUCAGGUGUUAGAGCAGAUGGGCUUCUUUGGAAAAAGGCCAAGGCCAACUACAGGCGUUAUUGCAGGAGUAAGAGACGGACUAUCACAGGAAAGUAUUUCAAGGUUCCUUUUGCCAGCAUCCGAUUGUGAGUUUGUUCUUAGUUCGAUAUUAGAGGAGCUUCAGAAAGAUCCUUGGCCGGUGCCAUCAAAUCAACGGGCUUCUAGGUGUACAGGUACAGCAUUGAGUGUGGCUGCUCAUUUGUUGGGAUUAUGCGUACCUGGUUCUGGAGCCAGAAUUAUGGCAUUUCUAGGCGGACCAUCAACGGAAGGGCCAGGGACUAUUGUGUCUAAAAAUCUGUCUGAACCUAUGCGUUCUCACAAGGACCUGGACAAAGAUUCUGCACCUCAUUAUCACAAAGCUGUGAAGUUCUAUGAAGAACUUUCAAAGCAGCUGGUUCAUCAGGGACAUGUGCUAGAUGUUUUUGCUUGUGCACUUGAUCAGGUGGGGAUUGCUGAGCUUAAAGUUGCGGUUGAGAAAACUGGAGGGCUUGUUGUUUUGGCUGAAAGUUUUGGCCAUUCUGUUUUCAAGGAUUCUUUGAGUCGUGUUGUUCAGUCUGGUGACCACGAUCUGGGACUGUCAUCAAAUGGUAUAUUUGAGAUCAGUUGCUCAAAGGAUAUCAAAAUUCAGGGAAUUAUCGGUCCAUGUGCAUCACUUGAAAAGAAAGGUCCUGUGUGCUCUGAAACUGUAAUUGGGCAGGGAAAUACCACUGCAUGGAAGUUGUGUGGCCUUGACAAAACUACUUCCUUGUGUUUAAUAUUUGAUGUUGUCAAGAAAGAGAUCUCAGAUGCUGUUGCUUUUUUUUUUGAAGUUCCAUCUAGUAACCAGACCAAACCCCCCCCCCCUACUCGCUUCAUGAAGAAAACGAACGAUAUAAUAUCUCCUUGGACGCAGGAAGUUUUUGAACACAUCCACAGAACUGUGAUCUAUACUUUUGACCAAGAACUAAUUUCUGGAUUUGACCAAGAAGCAGCUGCCGUAGUCAUGGCACGUCAAGUUUCUAUCAAAAUGGAAAACGAGGUUGUAUACUCGUCCUCUUUUUUUAUGUUGAGUUGGUUGCAAGGAAACUUGUUUAUUCAUCUUGUGCUGGAACAAGGACAAUGUUACGAGAAUUUUGUUUGUAAGGUGACCUUCAAUGAAGUCAAGUACAAUUUUUUAUUGCCUUCGUCUCUGCACUGUCUUGGUGCUUGGCUUUGUAGCAACUUUGAGGAUUACAUUUGCCGGCCGAUUAUGAGACUUGAAAAUACUUGCCCUUGUCCUGAAUAUGCCGAUUUGAUGCUAAUUCUUUUGCUGACAUCUUUACAAAAUUAUCAGCAACUAUUGGGGCUGAAGCAUGUUCACUAUCGACUGUGGAAUUUAGAUGAACUAUGUAACGAUUACGUGGCUGAAUUUGACCCCAUUAGAUGGUUGGAUAAAUCAUUGAUUCAUUUAUGUUCUCGGUUUGGGGAGUACCAGAAGGAUGCCCCAUCUUCUUUCACCUUAUCUCCUAGAUUUUCAAUAUUUCCUCAAUUCAUGUUUAAUUUACGACGUUCACAAUUUGUCCAGGUCUUUAACAACAGCCCAGAUGAGACAGCAUAUUUUCGAAUGAUUCUUAACAGAGAAAAUGUUGCUAAUUCAGUUGUAAUGAUUCAACCCUCAUUGAUCUCUUAUUCUUUUCAUUCUGGACCAGAACCUGUUCUUCUCGAUGUGGCUUCCAUUGCUGCUGAUAGAAUCCUUCUUUUAGAUUCAUAUUUCAUCAUUGUCAUAUUUCAUGGAUCAACUAUUGCUCAAUGGCGAAAAGCUGGAUAUCAUGAACAGCCUGAACAUCAGUAUUCCUUGCAGGCUGAAUUUGACCCCAUUAGAUGGUUGGAUAAAUCAUUGAUUCAUUUAUGUUCUCGGUUUGGGGAGUACCAGAAGGAUGCCCCAUCUUCUUUCACCUUAUCUCCUAGAUUUUCAAUAUUUCCUCAAUUCAUGUUUAAUUUACGACGUUCACAAUUUGUCCAGGUCUUUAACAACAGCCCAGAUGAGACAGCAUAUUUUCGAAUGAUUCUUAACAGAGAAAAUGUUGCUAAUUCAGUUGUAAUGAUUCAACCCUCAUUGAUCUCUUAUUCUUUUCAUUCUGGACCAGAACCUGUUCUUCUCGAUGUGGCUUCCAUUGCUGCUGAUAGAAUCCUUCUUUUAGAUUCAUAUUUCAUCAUUGUCAUAUUUCAUGGAUCAACUAUUGCUCAAUGGCGAAAAGCUGGAUAUCAUGAACAGCCUGAACAUCAGGCAUUCACUCAGUUGUUACAAGCUCCACGAGACGAUGCAGAUGCAAUAAUUAAAGAAAGAUUUCCAGUACCUCGCUUAGUAAUUUGUGAUCAGCAUGGUUCUCAGGCUCGUUUUUUGCUUGCAAAAUUGAAUCCUUCGGCUACAUACAACUCGGAUAUUCCAGCUGUUCCUGGAGGCGAUAUCCUGUUUACGGAUGAUGUUAGCUUUGAGGUCUUCUUGGAUCAUCUUCAGCGGUUAGCGGUUCAAUAAAAUUUCUCUACAAAAUUAUCAGAGGUUAGCUUUAUGAUGAAGUACAACCAAUUUUGUUUAAGUUUUUUCUCUGGAUUGUAUGUACAGUUAUGUUUACAACUGAUUAUAUAAUCUCCUCUGAGGUUUUGAUUUGGGAUCCUAAUAAUGUAGAUUUUCAUGGUUUUAUUUUAUAUAGAUAGGUAUUCACUUA